AUGAAAUUCUUCACCUUUGCUUCCCUUGCUAGUAUUUUAGCCGUCGCUACUGCUGCCGAUGAUGCCAGUGUUUCUCCAGCAUCAUUAUUACCAAUUGUUGGACAAAUUAGUUCAAUUGUCGGAGACGUCACGGACCUUAUUCAAAAUGCUGAGACCAUUUAUCCUUUAAUUGUUGGAAACUCAUCCAUUCCUGUUGAAAUCAAAGAUUUGGUUAUUGAAAUUACAAACUUGUCUAAGGAUGUUGGAACUUUGGUCCACGACGUUUCAUCAAACUUCAACACUACCUUCCAUAUCAACCACUAG